UUUUUUUUCUAUUAUAUUCCGCGGAAUGGAUAAUUUCCGCGGAUAGUAUUUUAUUUUAUUUUGUUUUAUUUUAUUCAGGCACCCUUUUCAAUUUAUUGUCAUCUUUUCUUUCUUAAAUAUAAAUACAUUUAUGACACCUAAUAAUAUACCAUCCACUUUUGCCUUUCCAACUCCAUCUCCAUCUCCACCUCCAGAGUUAGAUUCAAGAUAUCAGCAACAUAUAAAAUCAAUUCAUGUCACAACACAGCCAAAAAAAAUCAAUAAAUGGCUAAACGUAAUACAAAAAUUUCUAAAAGAAUUAGAUGGUCGUGAUAAAUUAAUGAAAACGAUACAAUACUUUAUAAAAAUAUUACUGCAUUAUAAAAUGGCUCGAGCAAAACAUUGGUCGAGUUUAACAAGUCAUUUAUCUAUGACUCGUAAACUGAUUAGACUUGGUACAGCAAUGGACUCCAUACGAGAAUUAUCUCCACUCAAACAUUCACUAUUUGAAACGAUAGUAAACUUGAAUGCUAUUAUCAAUAGUAUUUCCGAUGAUAUAUUUUGCUUUUACAAAUUAGGAAUUCUAGGAUCUUAUCUUGGAAACCAGUCUGAAAAAAUAUCUGCUUAUUGCUGGUUUGCUAGUAUCUUGAUUGAUAUUCGAGAAAAUGUUCUAUCAUUGAAUCGAUUACAGAAUAAAAAGAUAGUAAAAGAUGAAAGUGAAUUAAGACAGAAAAUAUUCAUAACUGAGGUUUCAAUUAUAAAGUUAUUAAUGGAUGCUGUAUUUUGCGCUUGUGAUAUUUGGAGGCCUAUUUAUUCGUCUAGUUUACAAGCAUGGUCUGGUUUCUUUAGCGGCUUAUUAGCUGGCUAUAAAUUAAGCAUCAAAUAUUCAAUAUGAACAUAAAAUAGAAGAAUUUAAUUCGUAUAUAACUAUAUAUGUAUAUAUUACAUGGACUGUUCUUUAAUGUCACUAUCUUGUAUUCGUCUAACGUAAUUUUGUUAUUAUUUUGGGAAUAUAUUUAAAUGCGACUAUUAUUAUUGACAUAAUAUUUAGUCCAUCUCGAAUUCUAGCUUAGUGUGACUUAAAAUAUGCCU